CAGUGGGCUGCUAAAUGCAUCACUUUAAUUCUAAAAUGUGCUCUGAUAAGUGCAGCUUUCUGAUAAACACUUGCUUGUGAAAACUUUCCAUUCCUGAUAAUCCCACAAGAUUAACUUCAACAAAUAAAAAAACAAAGCUUAUGAGGAAACAAUCAGCUGAGUAGGUUUGUGUCUGUACUUAACCCAGAGCUCCAAAGCUUUGACAGCCGUUUUUCCCGUAAAUGUGGAGGAAGCAGUGCGACAUUUCUUCUAAUCUCCUAUUUUUUCUGAACAUGUCAAGAGAAUUCCAUAAAGGAAACAGCGUUGACAUGCCCGGACAGGAUAACAGUCAGUUGAAGAAGACCCAAUUGUUGGACCGAGGCCAAUGGGCAAACAAGUUGGAGUUUCUUCUGGCUGUAGCGGGAACCCUGGUUGGGCUGGGAAACCUCUGGAGGUUCCCCUAUUUGUGCUACAAAAAUGGGGGAGGUGCAUUUCUGGUUCCAUAUGUCUUGUUUCUGCUCUCAUGUGGUAUCCCUAUGUUCCUAAUGGAGACGGCCAUGGGACAGUACACAUCACAAGGAUGCAUCACUUGCUGGCGCCACUUCUGCCCCUUGUUUGAAGGGAUUGGCUAUGCUACUCAGGUUGUGAUUGCAUAUGCGGCCGUGUCAUACAUUGUCAUCCAGGCGUGGGCUUUCUUCUACCUCUUCUCAUCCUUCAGUGCUGAGGUCCCGUGGGCCAGCUGCAGGAACUCCUGGAACACAGAGAAAUGUGUUGAAUUUGACAAAACAAACACUUCAACCAAUUGGACAGCAAAUGCAACAACGCCUGCAACAGAAUUCUGGGAGAAACGGGUGCUGGGAAUAUCUAACGGGAUUGAAGAGAUUGGUAGCCUGAGAUGGGAUCUGGCCUUGUGUCUGUUACUGGCGUGGAUCCUAUGCUACUUCUGUGUUUGGAAAGGAGUGAGAUCUACUGGGAAGGUAGUUUACUUCACAGCCACUUUUCCAUAUCUGAUGCUGGUGGUUUUGUUGGCUCGUGGACUUACUUUACCAGGAGCUAUUGAUGGCAUUGCUUUCUACCUGUAUCCAGACCCCACAAGGUUGGUGGACCCUCAAGUUUGGAUGGAUGCGGGUGCACAAGUUCUUUUCUCUUUUGGGAUUUGUCAGGGGAGCUUGACAGCUCUAGGCAGUUACAACCAGUAUAACAAUGAUUGUUACAAGGACACGUUUGUUCUGUGUUUAGUGAACGGCGGGUCAAGCUUUGUGGCAGGGUUUGCCAUCUUUUCAGUUUUGGGCUUCAUGUCCUACGAACAGGGAUUGCCAAUAUCUGAAGUGGCAGCGUCCGGACCUGGCUUGGCAUUUAUUGCCUAUCCACGUGCAGUGGCCAUGAUGCCGUUGCCUCAGCUGUGGUCUAUUUGUUUUUUCCUCAUGGUCAUCUUGUUGGGUGCAGAUACACAAUUUGUGAGUCUGGAAUGCCUGAUGACCUCAGUGACAGACAUGUUCCCCACCGUGUUUCGAAGAGCUUACCGUCGGGAGUUGUUGCUGCUCUGUCUCUGCACCGUUUGCUUCUUUCUCGGCCUCCUCCUCGUCACAGAGGGAGGCUUAUAUUUCCUUCAACUUUUUGACCAUUACGUUUGUAGUGGCAGCAAUCUUCUUCUUCUCUCAGUGUUUCAGUCGAUAGGAAUUGGAUGGAUAUAUGGUGCAGAUCGUUUUUAUGACAACAUAGAGGACAUGGUGGGUUAUCGUCCGUGGCCAAUAAUGAAGUAUUGCUGGCUUUACAUUACCCCCACUAUUUGUCUGGGUACCUUCAUCUUUUCACUGGUGAAAUACAAGCCUCUCAAAUUCAACAAAACCUACAUCUACCCAAGCUGGGCUUAUGCUCUGGGCUGGUCCCUCGGACUGUUCUGCGUUCUCCUGGUUCCUCUGUGGAUCUUCUUCAAAGUUGUGCAGAUGAAAGGGACAAUAGGGCAGAACCUCAGGCAGCUUUGCCGCCCUGAAAUCAAGACACACAGCACAGCAAAGCAACCCGAGCAAUGCCCCUUGAACCCAGACAAUGAUCUCACAUCUACUGCCAAUGAGUACAAAGCAGGUGGUGGAGCAGAGAUGGAAAUGCAAAUUAUGCCAUAGAGGAUCAAGAGAUGCCAAUCUUGAUUAUCACUGCCCAUUAACAUGCACUGUUGCCACACAUUUUUCUCCAAAGGUAGUGGCAGCUGUUAUAUUCAGACAAUGCAGAAAGCCUUUAUACAGAAUGAAUGUACAUGGAAAAUGUUGCCUUUUUAUUAUUUGAUAGUUUUUUAUAUAUUUACACACGUAUGUUUGAAAUGGUUUGCCUUUUUAUUUUCGGACUCUUUUAGCUUUAUGUUCUAUAUUUUUAUGCUGUUAUGUUUAUUCAUCUGUAUAUCAUUAUGACAAUUCAGUGGGGACCAUAAGCAUAGACCAAGAAACAAACUUCUUCACAGUUCAGUCUGCAUUUUGCUUUACUGUGUAACACCCACCACACACAUCACAUACGACACAGCGACAUUCCAAAAAAACACUACAACAUUUCAAAAAUUACGGAAAGGGUAUUCCUUUAGGGAUAACACUUACUGUUUGUAAUUGGACAGAGCCAGUCAGAGAAAAACUGCUUUGAUUGGUGGUUUGACAGCGCUGCAUCUUUCCUGUUUGGUAGUACUCAGCUGUGUCGUUACACAUUUUAAACUGAGUUGAAAAGAAUGGAAGAAGAGAUGGAAAUCUUAAGGGAAUAUUUGAACAAAGGAUAUACAUAUGAAUUAAUCCUCGACAUGCUGUCAAUCCAUCACGACAUCAGCCUGUCCCUUAGAACACCGACAUUUAUACAGCUUUUCUUUAAGAUUUCAGAUAAAUUCAACAUUGUUUUACCAUGAUUGCAACAAAAAGCUGUGUGAACUGUAAGUUAUGAUGGUCUGGCUUCUUCUCCAUGGCUCAUGGGAGCUGUAGCACUUUGAGUAAUUGGCCAUACCUGGCUCGAAGAAAAACACAUAUCAUGAAUUAAACUUGAAUACUUUAAAGUAUAAUUACAUUCCCAGAGUUCAUUGUGCCUAUCUUAAUUAUCAUAAACAAAUAAGAAAACAUUUUAAAUAUGGGGAAAUAUUUCCGGAACCCUCCUCUUGCUCACAGAAAAUGUAUUAUUGGACCAAUAUUUGAAAAAUGUCUUCAAUUAGUUUUCUGUAAACUAGACAUUAAGAUAUACCUCACUGUCAUACAUGCACAAUCUUUGGUAGUCACACUUUGGGACCCCAUUGUAGUUUUUUUUAUUAAUGUUAAUGAUAUUUCUGUUGUUUUCAACUUAAAUAAACAUGUAACAAACAAUAAAUAAACAAUCAUAAGUCUUUAUUCCACUAUAAACUUUUAACAUUUAUUAUUUUAUAUGAUUCUCAUUAUAAGUAUAGACUGAUGAUCAGCAACUACAGCUGUUUAAGUACCAAUAUGCUCAGACAAAAUAUCUGUUACGGCAAUUUAGGACAUGAAUGAGACAUGAAGUCUAAAAUGUUGUAACCAUGUUGCACCUGAAGUUUAAAUUUAAUAAUUAAUGUCUAUUUUUGAUAGAGUUCGAAUCUAAGUUGUAUUUCCAAACACAAGUUAAUCACAGACAUUUUGUACUUUUUCAGGUUGACUUUGUAUAAAAAAUGUAAAAAUGUUUCUGUAAAAUCAUAUCCAUGCUAUGAGAAAUCAAUAAAUUGCAUAUUUUGCAGAUUCUGAAAUAA